UUUGUUGCUCGUGGUUCAGAGGCUGCAUCAGUUUCUUGCUUUCCCUUCCCUGUCUCUGGAUACAAUUGUUAAAUCAGAUACUUCUGCUUGGAAACACAAAUUUCCCCCUUCAAGACACUGGGUUUAUCCCUUUUCUCCUGUCUUAAGUGACAACACAAAGAUAUUUAAAAAAAAACCUGGGCCAGAUUGAUCUCAUUUCCUUUAAUGAAGUUACACCAUAGAUUAAUUUGGCCCAACAAUUGGCCUUGAGUAGUUUGCAGAGCAAUAGAACUAUAUAAUUUCCAUAUAAUCUUUAUGUAAUGCUGUGGUGCUUCCACUGAGGAUUUCUUUCUAUUAGAGAUUAAAUUAGCUAGACAGAUUAAAGGGAGUCUACAUGGAAAACUGAAUAUUUUAGGCCAAUUUUUCACACUUAGGUAAAACAAGUGCACAUGCAAAAUGCAUGCAGACACACACUAUCUGUAAAAUAUGUAUUUGUGAACCCAUGUUGGAUAACUAUGUUGCUACCAGUUAGUGUGUGUAAUCAUCCACUUUCUAUGAGACAAAAUCAGCUUGUGUGUGCAAUGGAUGCAUGAGUACUUUUGUCCAGCCACAUGUUGCAUCCAUUCUUGGAAAUGUGUUCAAUGCCUCAUAAGCGUCCAUUAAAAUGUUUGUGGUCCCUAAAUACUCAGUGUUGUGUGAGGAUGUAGCCACCUAAUUCCCACUAACUGUAAUGCUAGAUGUGUGACUUCCAUGAGUGAAAUUCUGGCCUCAUUGAAGUCAAUGGCAAAACUCCCAUUAACUUCAAUGGCAUCAGGAAUAUAUCCCAUGUAACCCCAUGUGGGAAUGCCACACCAGAUCAGAACAGUGAGCCUAGGUCAGAAAUCCUGUCUCCGAAACUGGCCAGUACCAAAAACCUGAAAGGAAGGAGCAAGAAAUCUUGAAGUAGACAAUUAUGGAAACCUGCCCACUCAGGGAGUUUCUGCUUAACCCCCAUCCAUCAAUGGAUAGCUUAUGCACUGAAGCAUAGCCCUUUUGGAAUUUAUACCCUUUUUAGAAAAUAAUAUAUAUUAAACCUAUGUAAUGUAACUAUAAAUGUUUUCAUUAUACAUAUAAACAUCUGAUCUUUCUUUGAUCUUUCUUUGAUCAUACUAAGUUUCAAUAAUAUCAUGUGGCAAUGAGUUACACAGGCUUAUUAUGCAUUGUGUAAGUUAGCAGUAUCCAUUUAAAAGUUGUUGCUUUUCAAUUUCUUUGGCUGUUCCUUGUUCUUGCACCAGACUGAUCUCCUCUAUAGCAUUAAUUAAUUAAUUUCUAUCUUAGUCCUUAUUUGCCGCAUCUUUAAAUCAUUAAAGUCUUUCCAUGCUUCCAAUCCUCUUUGUCUGUCUGGACCCUUUCUAUUUCAGCUCUGUCUUUUUCAAAGUAGGAUGACCAAGCACAAUGUUCCAGCUGUCUGCAACAGGACUAUGACCCCAACCUUCCUACUGCUAGUGUCAUCAUCUGUUUCCACGAUGAAGCCUGGUCUACUCUCUUGAGAACUGUGCACAGUGUUAUGGACACAGCCCCAAGGGCCUCUCUGAAGGAAAUUAUCCUUGUCGAUGACCUCAGUCAACAAGGGCAUCUGAAGUCAACCCUGAGUGAAUACAUCUCCAAGCUGGAUGGUGUGAAAUUGAUCAGGAGCAACAAGAGGCUCGGGGUCAUCCGGGGUCGUAUGUUGGGAGCUGCACGGGCAACUGGGGAUGUGCUGGUCUUCAUGGACUCCCACUGUGAGUGUCACACAGGCUGGUUAGAACCCCUGUUGGGCAGACUAGCCACUGAGAGAAAUCGAAUCGUCUCCCCUGUCCUAGAUGUCAUUGACUGGAAGACUUUUCAGUAUUAUCACUCUGUGGAUCUGCAACGAGGUGGUUUUGAUUGGAAAUUAGAUUUCCAUUGGGAGCCGCUGCCAGAACAUGAAGAGAAGGUACGCCAGUCUGCCAUCAGCCCCAUCAGAAGUCCUGUGGUGCCUGGUGGAGUAGUGGCAAUGGACCGACAUUACUUCCAAAAUAUUGGCGCUUAUGAUUCCGACAUGACUCUAUGGGGGGCAGAAAACCUAGAAUUAUCCAUAAGGGCAUGGCUCUGUGGUGGUUCUGUUGAAAUCCUUCCAUGCUCACGGGUGGGGCACAUUUAUCGAAAUCGUAUCCCGCACACUUUUCCCAACGAAGAGGCUGCAGUGAGGAACAAAAUCCGAAUAGCAGAGACCUGGCUGGAUUCUUUUAAAGAGAUUUUCUACAAGCAUGACACAGCGGCAUUCCUAAUUAGUAAAGCUGAGAAGCCAGAUUGCAACGAGCGCCUUCAGCUGCAAAAGCGACUGGGCUGUAGAAAAUUUCAUUGGUUUAUAUCAAACGUAUACCCCGAACUCCACCCACCAGAGUACAAACCAAGAUUCUCUGGCAAGCUGUACAACACUGGUGUUGGCUUCUGUGCAGAUUACAGAUCUGCCUGGGAUGCUGCAGAAGGUCUUAUUGAGCUGUCUCCUUGUAGUGACAAAAUUAACCAGCAUUUUGAAUAUAACAGUAUGAAGGAAAUCCGGUUUGGUUCCGCUCUGCAGUUUUGCUUUGAUGUCAGACAUGAGAAGGUUAUCCUUCAAAACUGUACACAAGAGACAGAAAAUAACCAGCAACAAUGGGAUGUCCAGGAGGGUGGAAUGAUUGUCCACAUCCUUUCUGGUAAAUGUCUAGAGGCAGUGAAGAGUGAAGCUGAGAAGGACUUGUCCUUACAUGUAUGUAACAAGAAUGAGAAUCAGCUGUGGCGAUUUGAUCACUCGCAUGUGCUAGAUGAGAGAUGACUGACAGGUCUAUGUGAAGACUGUCUCCAAACCUCACGGUCACUUUCAUUUGGGAUUCAAGACACUCAGAUUCCUGCAUGCAGAAGAAAGUUGUGUGUGUCUGCCACGGUCUUCAGGAAAAGAUAGAAAGAUCUUGCUUGGAAAGUCUUGCUCAAGGAAUUGCAGCAGGCUCCUGGUUUAACCAACUCAAGCUAAAAAUUACUAUUUGUUCUCUUCAACCAGAGAAUAAAAGUACUGUGAGUAUCAGUAGUGACUCUGCAGCUGUACUGCUGCAGAAGACAAGAAGUUUGCCCUUUUAAGGAAACUUGGAAGACAAAUUGCCAAAGGGUCUCUCUUCUAAAACUUCUAAGAAAACAGGAAGAUGAAUCUUUGUGAAACUUUAGAAACUCUCUCAAAGGAAGUCCGCCUUGUUAGGAUGAGAGUUUAGCCAAGCUGUACGGUGCACUUGACCCAUAUAAAACAAAGUAGGUUUUGUAUGUAUCAAAGUAGAACAUAAUUACUUUUGUAAGAAAUAGUUAAUAUAUUCCUUUCCAAAUACACUGAGCCAAAUACCCCACUCAGUGAGAUUGCACAGUGUGUGUGAAUUAGCACAGAAUUGGGUUACAUCUUGUUCUUGUUAAAAAUUCUCAUUGAUGUCAAUGGGAGUACAAUCAGACUCUGUCUUUGGCCCAUUGUCUCUCUCGGCCUUAAUCCACAAUCUAAAUUGGAUGGGACAAUGACUCCAAAGAAAUGGAUAGAUGUACAAUUUCCGUGCUUUAGUUUCCUUUGGGUUUUAAUAACUCCUUGUCAGCAAACUUUCCACUAGUAGGCUUCAGCACACCCAACAAGAGCAGAAUACAAAAGAUUUAGGAGAAAAAAAAACUCGCAAACAACAUGUAUUUUGACAUUUAUU